UGUUAUAGUCUUGACGGAUUUGUUAAAUUAAAACUUGACUUAAAUAAUUAACUAACGACAGAAAAACAAUUGUUAAAAUGAGUUUUUUAAAACCAAAAACGCACAUAGAGCAGGGAGAUGUUGUCAUAUUAUAUUUAAGCGUAAAUUCCAUGCAUGCCAUCGAAGCGGUGCCGACAAUAGUAAACAAAAAAGGCGAAACAAUAGCGCACAUUUUCCAGACACCCUACGGAUCCCUCAAAGUGCAAAAUAUUAUUGGAGUUGAGUAUGGAAGUCGUGUGGAACUAUCCAAGGGCUGGGCGCACGUGUUGCAGCCAAAUCCAGAAUUGUGGACACAAACACUGCCACAUCGCACACAAAUCAUUUAUACACCAGACAUUAGCAUGAUACUACAUCAAUUGGAGGUACGACCUGGCGCAGUGGUUGUGGAGUCCGGCACAGGUUCCGGUUCGUUGUCACACUACUUUCUGCGAGCUCUGAAGCCCACGGGUCACCUGCACACAUUUGACUUUCACGAGGCGCGCGCGGAUCAGGCGCGAGAGGAGUUCAAGCAGCAUGGUCUUGGUGACUUUGUCACUGUGUAUCACCGAGAUGUGUGCAAUUUGGGCUUCACCAGCGCACUUGAUGGUGCAGCCGAUGCCGUGUUCUUGGAUCUACCCGCACCGGAUUUGGCAGUGCCACAUGCAUUCAAGGCGUUGAAGCUGUCGGGUGGCCGCUUUUGCUCGUUCUCGCCUUGCAUUGAACAGUCGCAGCGCUGCAUUGAGAUGCUAACCAAACUGGGCUUCAAUGAGAUCUGCUCCAUGGAGGUGCUGCAGCAGGAGAGUGUUAUAAAAACACGCACGUUGCCUAUCAUUGAUUUGGAGUUUCUUAAAGAGCCCAAGCCCGCAGACAAUGGCACAAAUGACGAGAACAAGACCAAGGAGCCCAAGGAGCUUAAGAAAUACUUGACAUCGAGCAAUCCACAGGUGCUGCCCGGACACACAGGUUUUCUAACAUUUGCCACACUGCCACCCAAUAUACCCAAGGCAUAA